AUGGAAAAGAAACACAAAGAUGUAUUACCUGCAAGUUACAAGAAAACGUUAGGUGUCCAAUUGAAGAAUUGUGUUGCUAAUCGGAAAUUGAUUAAGGUUGAAGCUUCUUCUUUCAGCUCAACAGAAAAAGGAUUGGUAAGAUCUGGAAACCCAUUUCAACCUCACCCAACUACUACUGCUGUUGUUCCAACUACCUUCAAGAAAUCUGAAACUACUACUGCUGCACCUAAGAAGAAGAAAACUGCCGCUCCUGCAAAGAAAGUUGCUGCUACUACUCCUACAAAGAAAGUACAAUUUGCAGAAUGA